AUGCCUGUGAUUCAUCAGUUACUGUCAACGAUGCCACAUGAACUGCACCUGGAUGCUAUCUUGUCAGAUUCAUUAUAUCUUGCAUCGCUUAUGCCACCUUUAGCCUUGAGAACAGAAUUUCUACGAAUUUAUAAGCAGAGAGUCAAAACACCAAAUUUGAACCGUGAAUGGAGUUCCGUGUCGAGGUAUGCCAUUACCAUGGUUGCGGCAGUUGGUAUCGCAGGAGCCGCAUACUAUCUUAACAUGGGUGGGAGGUUCUCCUUCUUAGUGUGA